AUGAAUGAUAGGAAUAGAAGAGUAGACAACCUUAACGGGCUCGUGACAUCGCAACCCAAGGCCACUCAAAGAAUACGAAAUGGAGGUAAAAAGCGAAGACAUCGAGCACUAAGUUAUGUAUAUCAUCUUAAAAUCAAUGGGGAACUGCAGAAGAUUUGCCAACAUUGUUUUAAAAAAACCUUUGACGUUACUGACAGAUUUCUUAAGUACAUGCUUUCUUCUAGAGAAAAUAAUAUUGCAAUUAUUUCCACACCAGAUCAAAGAGACGCUCAUGCUCCACCAUCUAAAAUUUCAGAACAAAGGAAAAAUGAAGUUAUUGGACAUAUCAACUCAUUUCCCCGAAACAAAAGUCAUUAUACUCGUCGGCAUACAGAUAAAGAAUAUUUGGCUGCCAAUUUGAAUAGAGCCUCGUGGUACUGGACUAACGCCGCGCUCAAGCAUAUGCCACAACGUGUAUGGCCUACUAUAGUUUAUCACCCUUAUCAAGGAAGUACCUGUCGACGGUCGACGGUCUAUGAGCGAGCAGCGAAAUUUACUUGA